AGGCUUGUCCGCACUCAGCGCAUGAAAAUUCUGCUCUUUUGAUUUACAUCCCCUAAACCAUCGUAUUUAUUCAAUCUUUCUAUCUUACCUGAUAGAAGGAUGUUGAAAUAUCCUAAAUGUCAUUUCGAACUGUCAAAAAAUCGCACCGCAGUGCCACACUGUGCGCGCAAAGAGAAUUUCACCCGGGUGAAUUCACCCCAGUGAAUUUCUCUUUGCACGCUCAGUGCGGCACUGCGGUGCGAUUUUUUGACAGUUCGAAAUGACAUUUAGGAUAUUCAAACAUCCUUCUAUCAGGUAAAAUAGGAAGAUUGAAUAAAUACGAUGGUUUUGAUGGUGUAAAUCAAAAGAGCAGAAUUUUCAUGCGUUCAGUGCGGACAAGCCUGGCACCAGGUAAUAAUAACAGAAUUUCCAAGACAACUUGCUCAUUAAAAUUCUGCAUCACAGUUCUCCGAAUUUCCCAACUGUUUGGAGUCUUCCCACUGCACACCGUGAUGAAUCGUCUUCCACGGGAAAUGCUGUUCAAAUCGACCAGCUGGGCAGCGGUUCUGAGCAUGGUGGCCAAUUUCGGAGGAUACGCCGUGUCCGCACUAAGCCUGAAACGCCUCGCUAGAUCCGGACUGGAUGCUAUUAACAUAGCCGAACCGUUUUUCUUCGCUGUGUGUGCCACGAGUGCAGUUCUUUUCUGGGCACUGGCCAAAGAAUGGCAGUUUGUGGUUACCGUGUGGGCGGAAACGGAGCGGGUAUUUCUGCGUAAACCGUUUCGCGGUAAAAGACUGAAGAGCAGCAUCCGUCGUACCGCGAUUGUGGUUUUAAUGCUUGCUCUUGGUAAGUAG